CCCGCGCCCUGCCCGCCGCCGCCGCCGCUCCCACAAUGCUCAGAGCCCGCCAGGUAGCAGCAACAUGGCGCGGGCCGCCGCCUGAGCAUCAUCCUCCUCCUCCUCCUCCUCCUCCUCCUCCCGCCCGCCUCCGCCUCCCGCCGCCGGGCUGCCGCAGAGGGGCCGCCCGCCCGCGCCCUGCGCCAUGGCAGCCUCCGAGCUCUACACGAAGUAUGCCAGGGUUUGGAUCCCUGAUCCAGAGGAGGUGUGGAAGUCAGCAGAACUCCUCAAAGAUUAUAAACCUGGAGAUAAAGUCCUUCAGCUUCGACUGGAAGAGGGCAAGGACCUAGAGUACAGCCUCGACCCGAAGACGAAGGAGCUGCCACCCCUGAGGAACCCUGACAUCCUGGUUGGUGAGAACGACCUGACAGCCCUCAGCUACCUGCACGAGCCUGCUGUCCUGCACAACCUCAAAGUCCGCUUCAUCGACUCCAAACUCAUCUACACCUACUGUGGUAUUGUUUUAGUGGCCAUAAAUCCUUAUGAGCAGCUGCCUAUCUAUGGAGAAGACAUCAUCAAUGCCUACAGUGGCCAGAACAUGGGGGAUAUGGACCCACAUAUCUUUGCAGUGGCUGAGGAAGCAUACAAGCAGAUGGCCAGGGAUGAGAGGAAUCAGUCCAUCAUUGUCAGUGGGGAGUCUGGAGCUGGCAAGACUGUCUCUGCCAAGUAUGCCAUGCGGUACUUUGCCACGGUCAGUGGAUCUGCCAGUGAAGCCAACGUUGAGGAGAAGGUCUUGGCCUCCAACCCCAUAAUGGAGUCUAUUGGAAAUGCCAAAACUACCAGGAAUGACAACAGCAGUCGCUUUGGUAAAUACAUUGAGAUUGGUUUUGAUAAAAGAUAUCGAAUCAUUGGUGCUAACAUGAGAACUUACCUCCUGGAAAAGUCCAGAGUGGUGUUUCAGGCAGAAGAGGAGAGAAAUUACCACAUCUUUUACCAGCUUUGUGCCUCUGCAGCAUUGCCUGAGUUUAAAACUCUACGAUUAGGGAAUGCAGAUUACUUUCACUAUACGAAGCAAGGUGGAAGCCCUGUGAUUGAUGGUGUUGAUGAUGCUAAGGAGAUGAUGAACACCAGGCAGGCCUGCACUUUGUUAGGGAUUAGUGACUCCUACCAGAUGGGAAUUUUUCGAAUCCUUGCUGGCAUCCUUCACCUGGGCAACGUAGAGUUUGCAUCUCGGGAUUCUGACAGCUGCACUGUUCCUCCCAAGCAUGAGCCCCUCACCAUCUUCUGUGACCUCAUGGGUGUGGAGUAUGAGGAGAUGGCCCACUGGCUUUGCCAUAGGAAGCUCGCCACUGCCACUGAAACUUACAUCAAGCCAAUUUCCAAACUUCACGCCAUCAAUGCCAGAGAUGCGCUUGCCAAACAUAUCUAUGCUAACCUCUUCAACUGGAUUGUAGAUCAUGUGAACAAAGCCCUUCAUGCCGCCGUAAAACAGCAUUCUUUCAUCGGGGUGUUGGACAUCUAUGGAUUUGAAACAUUCGAAAUCAACAGCUUUGAACAGUUCUGUAUCAACUAUGCCAAUGAAAAACUGCAGCAGCAGUUCAAUAUGCAUGUCUUUAAGCUGGAACAAGAGGAAUAUAUGAAGGAACAAAUACCAUGGACCUUGAUUGAUUUCUAUGACAAUCAGCCUUGCAUCAACCUCAUAGAGGCCAAAAUGGGAGUUCUGGAUCUGUUGGAUGAGGAGUGCAAGAUGCCAAAAGGCUCAGACGACUCUUGGGCCCAAAAACUUUACAAUACUCAUUUGAAUAAAUGUGCUCUCUUUGAAAAACCACGUAUGUCAAAUAAAGCCUUUAUCAUCAAGCACUUUGCUGACAAGGUGGAAUAUCAGUGUGAAGGCUUUUUGGAAAAGAAUAAAGACACGGUUUAUGAAGAACAAAUUAGGGUCCUAAAAUCAAGUAAGUUUAAGCUGCUGCCAGAGUUAUUCCAGGAUGAGGAGAAGGUGCUCAGCCCCACUUCAGCAGCCCCUUCAGGGCGUGUGCCUCUGACUCGAAUGCCUGUCAAACCUGCCAAGGCCAGGCCAGGCCAAGCCAGCAAGGAGCACAAGAAAACUGUGGGACAUCAGUUUCGAAACUCUCUUCAUCUGCUGAUGGAAACGCUGAAUGCUACAACUCCACACUAUGUGCGCUGCAUUAAGCCAAACGACUUCAAGUUCCCAUUCACGUUUGAUGAGAAGCGGGCAGUGCAGCAGCUGAGAGCCUGUGGUGUGCUGGAGACCAUCCGGAUCAGUGCUGCUGGCUUCCCCUCCAGGUGGACGUACCAGGAGUUCUUCAGCCGUUACCGGGUUCUGAUGAAGCAGAGGGAUGUCCUUGGUGACCGAAAGCAGACGUGUAAAAAUGUCCUGGAGAAGCUGAUUCAGGACAAGGAUAAGUACCAGUUUGGUAAGACAAAAAUAUUUUUCCGGGCUGGUCAAGUAGCCUACCUGGAAAAAAUAAGGGCAGAUAAGUUGCGAGCUGCCUGUAUCCGCAUCCAAAAGACGAUCCGGGGCUGGCUGAUGAGGAAGAAGUACAUGCGGAUGAGGAAGGCUGCCAUCACCAUCCAGAGACACGUCAGAGGGUACCAGGCACGAUGCUAUGCCAAGUUCCUGAGGAGAACACGAGCUGCCAUCACCAUUCAGAAGUUCCAGCGCAUGUACGUGGUCCGCAAGAGAUACCAGUGCAUGCGAGAUGCCACUAUUGCUCUGCAGGCCCUCCUGAGAGGCUACAUGGUCAGAAACAAGUACCAAAUGAUGCUGCGGGAGCACAAGUCCGUGGUCAUCCAGAAGCACGUGCGGGGCUGGCUGGCGCGGCGGCGCUACCUGCCACGCACGCUGCGCGCCAUCAUCUACCUGCAGUGCUGCUACCGCCGCAUGAUGGCCAAGAGGGAGCUCAAGAAGCUCAAGAUAGAGGCACGCUCCGUGGAGCGCUACAAGAAGCUCCACAUUGGCUUGGAGAACAAGAUCAUGCAGCUGCAGAGAAAAAUCGAUGAGCAGAACAAAGAGUACAAAUCCCUGCUGGAGAAGAUGACCACCCUGGAGGUCACGUACACGACGGAGACGGAGAAGCUGCGCGGCGACGUGGAGAGGCUGCGGCUGAGCGAGGAGGAGGCCAGGAGCGCCACCAGCCGUGUGCUCAGCCUGCAGGAGGAGAUCGCCAAGCUCCGCACGGAGCUGCACCACACACAGGCCGAGAAGAAGAGCAUUGAGGAGCGCGCAGACAAAUACAAACAUGAAACUGAGCAGCUGGUGUCAGAGCUGAAAGAGCAGAACUCAUUACUGAAAACAGAAAAGGAGGAGCUGAACCGCCGCAUCCAUGACCAGGCCAGGGAAAUAACAGAGUCGAUGGAGAAGAAGCUGGUGGAGGAGACGAAGCAGCUGGAGCUGGAUCUGAACGACGAGCGGCUGCGGUACCAGAACCUGCUCAAUGAGUUCAGCCGCCUGGAGGAGCGCUACGACGACCUCAAGGAUGAAAUGAACCUGAUGGUGAGCAUCCCCAAGCCUGGGCACAAAAGAACGGACUCAACUCACAGUAGCAAUGAAUCUGAAUAUACUUUCAGCUCUGAGAUCACAGAGGCAGAAGACUUACCACUCAGGAUGGAGGAGCCUAGUGAGAAAAAAGCAGCGCUGGACAUGUCUCUGUUCCUCAAGCUGCAGAAACGGGUUUCAGAACUGGAGCAGGAAAAGCAGUCCCUGCAGGACGAACUGGACAGAAAGGAGGAGCAGGCUCUCCGUGCUAAAGCUAAGGAGGAAGAAAGGCCUCCCAUAAGAGGUGCAGAGUUGGAGUAUGAGUCACUCAAGCGUCAAGAGCUUGAAUCUGAGAAUAAAAAACUGAAGAACGAGUUGAAUGAGCUGCAGAAGGCCCUCACAGAGACACGAGCUCCAGAGGUGACUGCUCCUGGUGCCCCAGCAUACAGAGUCCUCCUGGACCAGCUGACCUCGGUCAGUGAAGAGCUCGAAGUACGCAAGGAAGAAGUUCUCAUCCUGAGGUCUCAGCUUGUGAGCCAGAAAGAGGCAAUUCAGCCCAAGCAUACAAUGACAGAUGCCACAAUCCUCUUGGAGGAUGUACAGAAGAUGAAAGACAAAGGAGAAAUAGCACAGGCAUAUAUUGGACUGAAGGAAACAAACAGGCUGCUGGAGUCUCAGCUUCAGUCUCAGAGGAAGAGCCAUGAGAACGAGCUGGAAUCUCUGCGAGGCGAGAUCCAGAGCCUGAAGGAGGAGAACAACAGGCAGCAGCAGCUGCUGGCGCAGAACCUGCAGCUGCCUCCCGAGGCGCGCAUCGAGGCCAGCCUGCAGCACGAGAUCACCCGGCUGACCAACGAGAACCUGGAUUUAAUGGAGCAGCUGGAAAAGCAGGACAAAACUGUUCGCAAGUUAAAGAAGCAGCUGAAAGUGUUUGCCAAGAAGAUCGGUGAACUCGAAGUGGGCCAGAUGGAGAACAUAUCACCUGGACAAAUCAUUGAUGAGCCUAUUCGUCCAGUUAACAUUCCACGGAAGGAAAAGGACUUCCAAGGGAUGUUGGAAUACAAGAAGGAGGAUGAACAAAAACUUGUCAAGAAUCUUAUUUUAGAGCUGAAACCACGUGGGGUAGCUGUCAACCUGAUUCCAGGACUCCCAGCGUAUAUUUUGUUCAUGUGUGUGCGCCAUGCAGAUUACCUCAACGAUGACCAGAAAGUGCGGUCCUUGUUGACUUCCACUAUCAAUGGCAUCAAAAAAGUGUUAAAGAAAAGAGGAGAUGACUUUGAAACAGUGUCCUUCUGGCUGUCAAACACCUGCCGGUUUUUGCACUGUUUGAAGCAGUACAGUGGAGAAGAGGGGUUUAUGAAGCAUAAUACACCUCGUCAAAAUGAACACUGCCUCACUAAUUUUGAUUUAGCUGAAUAUAGACAAGUUCUGAGUGACUUGGCUAUUCAGAUCUACCAACAACUUGUCCGAGUGUUGGAAAAUAUUCUGCAACCAAUGAUUGUUUCAGGAAUGCUGGAGCACGAGACCAUCCAGGGUGUGUCAGGGGUGAAGCCCACGGGGCUGCGGAAGAGAACGUCCAGCAUUGCUGACGAGGGCACCUACACCUUGGACUCCAUCAUCAGGCAGCUGAACUCCUUCCACUCGGUGAUGUGCCAGCAUGGCAUGGACCCAGAGCUGAUCAAACAGGUGGUCAAGCAGAUGUUCUACAUCAUUGGGGCUGUAACACUCAACAAUCUCCUCCUGCGCAAGGACAUGUGCUCCUGGAGCAAAGGAAUGCAGAUAAGAUACAAUGUGAGUCAACUGGAGGAAUGGCUCCGUGAUAAAAAUUUGAUGAAUAGUGGGGCUAAGGAAACCCUGGAACCCCUCAUCCAGGCUGCACAGUUGUUGCAAGUAAAAAAGAAAACAGAUGAAGAUGCAGAAGCCAUAUGUUCAAUGUGCAAUGCACUGACCACUGCCCAGAUUGUAAAAGUCCUGAAUUUGUAUACUCCAGUUAAUGAGUUUGAAGAGAGAGUCUUGGUGUCAUUUAUACGUACAAUACAGGUGCGUCUGCGGGACAGGAAGGACUCUCCUCAGUUGCUCAUGGAUGCCAAACACAUCUUCCCUGUUACCUUCCCAUUCAAUCCAUCCUCUCUGGCUUUAGAAACCAUUCAGAUCCCAGCCAGCUUGGGCCUGGGCUUCAUAUCACGUGUGUGAUCCCCAGGAUGUCCUGUCAGUGUUAGAUGGAGAACCAGUUGCCUGAUGUCUGUACCUGUUCAAACAUAGUGAGCCACUAAACCCACAUUUUUCUGAACAAAAGCCUGUCUAAGCCCAGGUGUGUAGUUGAGGUAGCUGGGAACUGCACAGCAGCACCACAGGCUGAAGGCUCAUAGAAAGAUGUGCAUUUGUGCUCAUUGAUCACUGCAUUGAUGAGGACAUCACUGAUUUGUACGUGUCCAGAGUAUGGAAAUCGGGCUUGGACAAAAAUUGUGUCUUCAGCUGUCUAGAGACAUUUUUAGAUCUUUAGUAACAUAUUUAAAUAGUGUAAAUUAAAAUCCAUAUGUAAUCUUCUCGUAGGUGGGGACCAAUAGGGACAGUCACAGUCCUGGACAUGGAAGACUUGAAAGUAAGGCAUUUUGUAGUAGAAUACACAGUCAUGUGGGAACUUGUUACAUUUAAUUUGUAAAAACGGAAUGGAAAAACACAAACUGGCAAUAUAUAAAGUUAUUUCUUAAACCACUUCCUCAUUUAUGGCAGUUUGACAUAAAUUGUAGUGAUAAGUCCUAUAGCUCACUAUAUGCUCUAACUUAGGUGUUUAUUUGUUAGAACUGUGGUUUACCAAGCAAACUAAAUCACUGCUGCAUAUUCUGUUGUUUUAAAUGUAUGACAGUAUCAUACUAAGCACUAAAAAUAAGACACUUCAUUUUUUUGUUGUCAACCUUAUUUACAGUCUGUUGCAGUCUGUUGUUUUAACUGGAAUUUUGCACAUUGUAUCAAGUAACACCUGUAGAGGAAAAUGGUAACUAAGCACAAGUAGCACACUGGAAAUUACACAUUUAGUUAUUUUUAAAAAUAGUUAGCUAAAAAUACAGAAUCUUGAAGCAAAAGAUCAGAAGUCAGUAAUGAUUUUAGUAUUUAUUUAGGUUUUAGAGUCUGUCUAAUGUUGUUCUUUGUUUGUAGACCCCAGAGAUGACAAUGUGUAUUUUAAGUAUAAUCUCUUGGUUCUUUGCCACUUAAAAAAAUAAUAACAACAGAGAAAAGUCUUCUUUCACACUGGAAUAUGAGAGGAAAAACUUUAAUAGAAAAUUUCUGCAGUAGCCCAAGGCUCUCAUUCUUAGAAAGGUUGACUAACAAGAAAGUUAAGUAGGUUUUGACUAUGAUGCUGUCACUUGACUAUGAUUCAUGCUGAUUUAAUGGUUGGAAAUCAGAGUGCAUAAUGAGAAACUGAGUUAUUUUGAAUGUUGCACAUUUUACUGGAAAGAUUUUUCUGUCUCACACGUCUUGGAUCUGCUAUAUAAAACUCACAUUUCACAAUGUGAGGCAUAUUGGAGCGUGGAAGCCUCGCUAAGGUUCCAGUUCUGUGGUGGAUGGCUCAAACAUAGAUGUAAAAAUAAAGCCACACAUGUUGCUCAGUUGCAUUGUGCAAUAUUUUUAAUGUAUUAUAAUAAUCUGCAUCUUAGUGUUAACAUUAAUUUAUUUUACAAUAUUGAUAAAUAACCUAGAGGUACACUAUUAGACUGUUUGGUGCUCCUCUGUUUGCCUGCAAAUUCACAGAGAAAAGAUUUGCUGUUAAGCAGACUGAAACAUUUCAGUUUUGUUUUACUUGAAAGGCAGACGUGCUGUUUGUAUGGUUGCUAAAAUUGGAAAUAAAGACAACAUAAACUUUCUCAGAAUCCUUUGAAGAUGCUCCUGUCAUCUUGUGUUCAAAUGUCCCAUAUUACAUUUGAUGGAUCAUGCCAGUACUUCCAAGAAUUUAUACUGCAUUGUGAAAGGGUUCUGAAUGAUCUUUGCUAAAAUGAUUGAGGUUCUUCUCUGCACCAAAUACCAAACACUUCUUUUUCAAAGGUUACUUGAUUUCUGAGAUUCUGGCUGCUGUGAAGUGGCUGCAAAUAAGGUGUAAGGUCGUUUUCAGACUGUCAGGUACUGUACUUGUGAGAAUGUAAUGGCAAAGCCUUCGCAUCCAGUAACAGGGUUAGAAAGAAAACACUGAGAACAUGCUGACCUCCCAAUUUUUUUUCUCCUAUUGAAAAACAAACAAUUGGCAUUACAGUAUGUUCAUACUGUAAAUCAGGAAAUGUAUCCACUACUUAAGCGUUAGUGUUUAAAAUGUAUGCCUCAAUGUAUUUUUGUUUAUUUUUGAAGUUUGUUUACCUGUAAAAAGCCUUAUUGUAUUGUUUCCUUAAAACAGUAGUGUCUAGUAAUUUAUAGGUAUCAUCCUUAAACUCAGUGGUUGGACUGGUAUUACUUUUAUAUCACAUUAAAAGUAUAUGCUGCUUGACAUGUUUUAAAGGAAAAUAUUUUUGAGUUGGAAUAGAUGUGUAGUUGGUAAUUCAUCUAACAUUUUACAUGGCAGUAUUUUACAUGCACUUUUCAGAAGUAAAAUUUUAGUGUGAGUGUAUAAUAUAACUUUCACCUUAGGACUAAAAUCUCUUUAACCAUGGAAUAUAAUGCAGAAUUAUUUUAAAAACUUUUUUUCCUUUGAAUCAUUGUUAUGCUCUUUUAAUGUGGACAUAUCUUUUAUAUUUUAAUUUAUUAUCUAUUGAGAUGAUAGAUUUUAUCAGAUGCUGGAAAAAUACUUGUCAAUGACCCCUUAGAAAGAUAUACAGUUAUUCUACAGAUUUUGCACAAUAAUUACCUCAUUCAGUUUAGUGUAUUUUUAUUCCAGUGAUCAUUUUAUUCUGAUGUUUAGGACACAGUCUUCUAUCCAAAUUUUGAAAAAUAGCUUCUCACACUCCAAACUGGGAUGGAACAUAAAAGUGCUUAAGUCAGUUAACUGAGAUUAAUCUAUUAUAGGGAAACGUAGCAUCAGCUUCAUUGAAAGUGGAUUGAUAUUCAGCAACAUUUGUUCCCAACUUGGAAACACCAGCAAUUGCAAUUUGAAGGUCUAUAUGUAAUUUAUGAUUUAAACUGAACACAUUUCAAAUACCAUACUAAAACUAUGAGUAAAAACUUGGGUUUUUUAAGAUGCUGAUACUUCAUGCGAUGAGUAAAAGCCUUUAAACAUAGGUUUUCACUUGAUGCCACUACAGUACAUAGAUGAAAAACAAAACAUUAUCAGAAUUACCUGAGCUCUGAUCUGUUGUAGUGUCUGAUGUUGUACUUAGUAAAUGUAUGCAUCAUAAAAACUGUAGCCUAAUAGCUAUCACUGGAAAAUGUCCAAAUAAAAGUACAACUGUACAGUUUGUUUCAGGGUGUUUUUGGUUGGUUGGUGGCUCAUGAGCUGUGUGCUGGCAUAGACCCCAGAUGGUCACAGGGUUCCCUCUGCCUCCACGGCAGGCUUGGUGUUGACUGCCAAGGGAGUUGGUUAAAAUCUGAGGAUGUGUAAAUACACACCCAGAUAGCAGCAGUGUGCCAUAAACUGCUGCGCAUAUGGGAGAAUGCUUUGUUCAACAUAACCCAGUUCUGGUUAGGGUGUUUUGUCAUCUAAUAUUAACUGUUCCUGAAAUAAAAUUUGAGUAACUGCACUAAAACA